AUGCAGGAAAGUUGCCAGCAAAAGGCGCUCGUCAGCUGCGGACCCCCCAACUACGGAGUGCACAUUGCUGUCAUUGAUCUGUGCACAAGGGCGCCCCUGCCGGAGGGAGCAGUCGGGGAAGUAUGUGUGUCUUCUCCUGCCCUAAUGAGCUUUUACCUAGGAGAGUCUCCAGAGGCGGACUGCUUUGUGUAUAUAGCCGCAGGCACAGUAGCUACGGGAACAUCACAGGGAGCAACAAUGAAAGCAGAGACACAAAAGCGGCGUUUUCUUAGAACGGGAGACUUGGGAUUCCUCUGGAGAUCUGAGCUGGUUCUGACGGGACGGCUUAAGGAAUGUAUCAUAGUAAAUGGCCGCUCAAUCGCGCCUCAAACCAUAGAAUCCGUGGCGGCAAAUGCUGCGGCUUCAGCAGUGGCGGAAGGGCAGGCGCUGGUGAGGACACAUGCAUGCGCUGGUUUCCCUCUGGUCACUCCGAAUGGGGAAGGCGUUGGUCUCGCACUGGAAGUGGAGCCAAACGCAGCUACCUGUGGAGUGGCCAUUGGCAGGGCUGUUGCCUCUGCAGUUCUGAGGGAAUGCGGCAUCGCGCUGCACCAGGUGUGGCUGCUGCGGCCACACUCUCUCAAAAAAACCACCAGUGGGAAAAUACAGCGCAUGGCAACACGCGAUUUUUUGCUGCGCCUCCAGGAGCACCAAACACAGCAGCAACGACAAGGCAACGCAGCUAGUGCGGAAGGCCAUUGCAUCCUGUACGCAUUCACCGCCAACUCGCUACUUGCGGAGGCUCACAUUAGUGCUGUUCCUACAGAGACAUCAUCAGUUACAUCUACAAGAGUGCCAGCCGGUGAUUCGGUGGCGGCUGUGCGCGAAGUGUUGCUUCGGCAACUGCAGCAAUGCGUCUCCAAGACUCUAGGCGUUUAUCCCGAUCCCGAUGCGUCCUUGCACGAGCUCGGUAUGGAUUCUUUAGCUGUUGCAGAAGUCGCAGCAGCUGCUGAAGACGAGCUUCGGUUGACACUUGCCCCACAGGACGUUCUUCAGGCAGAGACUAUUAGAGAACUUGCUGAUCUGCUGCUAAGGCAGCAGGGGUACGCAACAAUUGAAGCAGCUACAGCAGCAGUGAAGGGACGGACAGAGGCUAGGCAAGGGUUUCGUACUGAGCAGUACAGUUUUAGCACCAUCAAUGGGAAUUUCAUAGCUGCCAGUGCAGUCAGAGGCAGCAAGGGUUCGGCUGGUUGGAAGCGCCGCAGUUUACUCACUGGUGGCCUGCGGCCGCUUCGGGAGCCGUCGCUGCAGCACGAGCAAACGCAACCACUCUUGGGGAUAACAGGCGCUGCCUGUCGGCUUCCUGGAGGCUGCAAUGAUCUGCAGAAGCUGUGGAGACACCUCUUAGAGGGCUGCAUUGCUGUUGGAAAUUAUCCGAGUAACAGGCGUGCGGUGCUGGAUGUGGAAGUAGGGGGAGGUUACUCCUUGGCAGGCAGCGCCUCGUCACUUCUUAGCAAUCGGAUCUCUAGAGAAUUUGGCUUCCAUGGACCUUCUCUCUCUGUUGACGCCGCCUGCGCUUCAGGACUUGCAGCGUUGCAUCUUGCGCAACAACAUCUGACGUCUCACGGCAACAACAUAAACAGCCGCAACAACAGCAAAGGCACCAAGCGGAUUGGCCUCGAUGGCAGCAACUGCGCUGUGGUGGGGGCGAGCAACUUGAUCCUAGAUAUUACAGCAGCUAGAGCAUUCGCUGCUGCAGGAAUUCUGUCACCCACUGGCCGCUGUAGAGCCUUUGACGCUCAAGCUGACGGAUGCGUUAGGGGGGAAGCCGUCGUUGCUCUCGUGCUGGAAAGAGUAGAUAGCAGCGCCUGCAGCAACCCCAGCAGCAGGGAGCACCACGUGCUGUGCUAUGUAAAAGGAACAACUGUACAGCAGUCAGCUCGCACGCAGAGUGUAACAGCCCCAAGCUGCGCUUCCCAGCAGCAGUCGCUGUUGCGUGUGCUCGCAGAAUCUGGUGUAGACACAGCUGACGUGUGUCUCGUGGAGGCACAUGGGACAGGGACUGUCCUUGGGGAUGCGGUGGAAGCCGCCGCACUUGCGGCUACUUUUGCUGGAGACACUCUACUGCCUUGCUCCUACUGCCAACGGCUACAACAGGAGGGGCGUAAAGGCCAUAGACGGCCCGCAGCAGCUGCUGCUGCACACCGGCUCAGCCACGAUGACGACUGGGAGGACGUGGAGCUAGAGGGGUCCUUCAAGCCUUUUGAAAGCUGCUCUCUCUCUCCAGUAUCUUCUAGUUCCUCCGAAUCUGUUGCUGCAGCAGCUUCAUCCAAAUAUUGCGCGUGCUUGGAAAGGAUCGCGUUUUAUCCUUCCAUCUAA